AUGCACAAAUAUGUAGGAAUCACUACAGAUCGCUUUGGGCAGUCAGUUUCCAAAGAACAGUAUGGUCUUAUAUACAGGUAAAUAGUGACCGGAAUAUCUAUUGCAUAUGCACAUUUAUACUAAUAGGUACAGAAUUGCCGGAUGACAGAAUUUUUUGACGGCCAACGGCGGCCACAUAAUCGGACACAGCAAAAUAGUAGUAAUAUCAGUACUAUCACUUAUUUUAAAUCCUGGGUGAUUGAUUAGAGUGCAUGCGAAUGUAAAAUUACAACCUCCAGUAACAUGAAAACGUUUAGUGACACAUGUUAUUGUGCGCACAUCCAUUUCAUAUGUAACGUAUGUGCUCAAGUGUUUCAUAUUCUUAUGGCAGGAGUGGCCUACUACCCUAGAUAUAGUAGCAGCAUUAGCAGCACAUCAAGAAUCCCAAAGAUGCUGCUGUCUCAGAUUAUUCAUGGCAGAGCUGGGAUGACGCCUCUUAAAUCUAAAUCAUGUAAAACGGUAAAUUUGUAAAUGUAUGACAUGUACUCUUGUUUUGUGAUGGAUUAAGAUUCUGAUUGAACGAUAUUCCUAGCUUUAGUUUAUUGGCAUUUUAGCCGCCAAUAAGAUCUUGUCGAGUACGUAGAAAUCAAUGCGCGACCCGCGUUAAUUCGUAAUUCGUUGGAAGGAGUUAUAUUUAAGGAAUACUGCUUGAAUAAAUGCUAACUUUAAUCAAUUUAUUUUCAGCGUAGACGUUGGAGGCCUUUUCACAAGAUUUGCGUUAACACACACUCACGAGAUCGAACGUACGCCCUACUGUUUUGUGUUCAAUGGAAUGGGAGGUGCGUUUAUAUAUCCAUAUUUUUAAACCCUUAUGCCGAUAUUUUAUACUAGUUUGACAUUAAGAUCGUUUCAAAUCUCUUGGAUUUCCUUAAAAUACAUUGAGGGAAUAAUUUAUCUAGAGAAACCAAACACGCAAUGAUCUUACAAUUGCCUGUGGCAAGUUAGCAAGCUGUUACAAUAUACUUUCAUUAAAUAUAAACCUAAGUCCAACUUGUAAUCAUACAGUUGAGCAAUGCAAUUAAAUACUGCAUGACAUGCAUUAAGAUAAUUUUUGGAAUUACUAUCAGAAGUUUGUAUCAUGUUAAAUGUAGGUCAACCACUAUGAUCAAGCCUGCGCAUAUAAUCAAGGGCAAAUAGAACGAGGUUCAUGUAAGCAGCGAUUGUAUCUUAUUUGGGAAUUUUCACGGUAAAUGUAUAUAGACACAGGUACCUCGGACUAACUGGAAAAAAGAUGAAAAAGGCCAAAGUUUUUGUGGUAUCAGCGCCAGCAUCAUUGGGCUGAGAUUGGUCGCGGUAACGCAUGGUAAGCCUUAAACUGCAAUUCACACGAAUUCACUUUUCUUCUGCCCGCCGAUACACACAUAACUAUAUAAUGGCAGACAGGUGCUCAACGAUUGCAUUACCGAACUCACUCGUCACGUCGCGGAACUGUAGACGCUUGGGAGAGAGUCCUAACGCACAAUGACACGAGUGAGUUCCAUUAUGCAAUCGAUGAGCGCUCCUCUACCAAUUUAAAUGAUUGAUCGCGACCGAUAGGACAACGAGCCUGUGGCUCCGUGGUUAGGGCAUUGGACCUUUGGCCAACGGGUCAUCGAAUCAAGAAGUAGAUGUUUUGCACCUUGGGGUUGGGAAUGGCUAACUGGAGAUUACUAAUAGGCCAGAAAUGGCCAUUCCAGUCUCUCCUCAUUUUUGUCAGUAAUUUCACCUUACACAUUAUAUAAAUAUGGGUUUUUGGCCACCCUGCCUGUCGGGAGUACAAAAAUGAUACUUUGCCAUGUGUAUUUCACACUACUUGUAGUAUUGCUUAUUUGUAGAAUGGCCACUACGUGGUAAUUACACAGUAGUUGAUUGUCUUCGACCCGAAUGCUCAUUGAAGUGUCGGGUCUGACCCUAAAAAGUUAUGUCCUGGAGACUUGACUCCAUGUUCUGUACCGCAUAAUUUCUGAAAUCAUUCGCUUAAUUAUUCUCCGGAGUUCAUUUACUGAAAACCGCAUAGAGGACGCUGGAGGACCCAAUGAGGAGCCGAACCCCAGCAGCUGUGUUACGCAUUAGCAGAAUAUCGGUGAAACACGGGUUUGGGCUUCUAGCUGAAACCUGUAUCGGGAGUACGGUAUAAGACCUCUGCCAUAUAUGUGUAUAUAUAACAGGAAGGAGGGGAGACCAAGGAUGCGGGUCGAUUGAAACAGAACUGUUUUGGGCUUAUUUCGCCAAUUAUAACUCUGACGAGCAGGUGAGACCAGAAAUCCGAACAUGCGCACAAACACACAUCGCGCAGUUGGUACAUCACUGGGGUCGACCAGAUGGGUCAUGAGCACUGCAUCGAACCGAAUUUCAUCAGUUCCUCUCCGCAUGUCAUUUUCUGUCGCUGCUGAUCGCGUAUUAAUUUAAUCAGGAAUGGGCGUAUACCGAUCUAUUGGCUUCUCGAAGCAGACAAGCUCCGUUCGUUCUCUCUACUAAUAUGACUUGCCGGCUUUGGCCUGGUAGUUGGUUUCCUGGUUGUGCCCUUUGUCGCCCACACGAAGCCCGUUGGCGUCGGGAAGCCAAUGGUCUGUUGUGCGCUCAUUCCUGGCAGGAUAUAUUUAUGUAGAUCAGAGGUCGUAUGAGUUUCGAACCGAUAUAAUGAAAAAAGAGAAAGGCUGUUCGGAAAAAUCAAGGUGUACUCAUGCAUUUCUGGGCUGGUGACACCAACCCGUCGUCAGACGAAAUGAAAGCGAGGGAGAAAGUUAGUUUGGUAAACUAUAAUACUUAGCGCGACAAGACAGACACACUAUUGGCGUAUGAAAGGGAUGGCCACAUAGUCAUGGUAGGUCUCUGAGCGAGCAGGAGGGGAGGCGGAACAACUACGGCUCCCUGUGCUGGAGGGGGAGAGUGGAUGAUGGGCCACUUGGCCUCCGGGUAGUUGGAUUGACUGCUGUUGGUGUUGCAUUAGGGCAGGAGUCAGUAAGUCGUGAACGUAGGCCCUCGUAAUGGGAGUUCAGGUCAACAUGGCGGUUAAUAUUACUAGCAUUGGAGUACCAAGCCUCGAGAAAUUAUCUUGCUCGUUUUGUGUUAGCGAUGGCGACGAUCCCAGUGCCAUCCCAAUUUAAUCGGUGGUCGCACUCGUGUGCGUGAGCAUGGACGAGGGACAGGGGGUCUCGCCGACGGAAAGCUACUUUGCGUUCAUUAAUCCGGAUGCCAAGGCGUCGACCCGUAUGACCAACAUACACGCAGGAGCACUUCGCGCACGGAGUGCGAUAAAUUACGUUUGUUUUUGCCUUUUGGGAAUGGGAUCCUUGAUUCGAGGUAGUGUAGAGCGUAGUGAGGAUGCUGGUUUUUGGGUGGCAUGAAUACUAACUGUCGGUCUGUCCUGUCAAUUUAAAUAGUGUAGUGUGACAAACUAACUUUCUACCUUGUUCUCACUUCGCCUGACGUCGGGUUAGUGUUAUCAUCUCGGAAAUUCAAGAGAAAAACUCGAUUUUUCCGAAAAACCUCUUCCUUUAUUUAUAUACAUAUAAACGUACAAAUUCCACACCUGGAGAUAUGCAGGCAAUGGUGUGUUUUAUAAAACCGCAAGCUUCAGUAAUAUUAAUAUUUUGGCAAUCUGUCAGCUGAACGAACGCUUACGAAGGAAUCGUGAGUUGUACAACAUCAGUCGAAUAGGGUUUUCAAAGUCAUUGCCCAUUACCCUUAAAUUAUACUGAUCUAAAAAUAUACUGAUCCAUUAAAUUGACUUGCCAAUUGGCCUCCGUCUUUUUAACUUACAUCUCAGCAGAUUCUCAAACGAUACAAAGCAGCAGUCAGAAGUCAUUUUUUUUAAACAAGGUCUAACAUCGAACUACUAAUGCAAGUGGUUUUUUCGUUUCAGCUAUCAACCAAUUUUCUUUGCUUGUCACUCAUAUAUCUCCCAGAAAUGUUUUCAAUGAGAUGUAA